UCGUUUGUUUUUUAUUUAACUGAAUUUGGUGCAACCGAAGCCAAAAAGGAAAACAUGGCUGAAUAUCUUGCAUCGAUUUUUGGAACAGAAAAAGACAAAGUAAACUGUUCCUUUUAUUUUAAAAUUGGAGCAUGCAGACAUGGAGAAAGAUGUUCACGAUUACACAACAAACCCACUUUCAGUCAGACUGUUUUGUUAUUAAAUUUAUAUUUAAAUCCCCAAAAUACAGCUUUAACAGCCGAUGGUUCUCACAUAAUGGUGGAUGAGAUGCAAGCACAACAGGACUUUGAUGAUUUUUUUGAGGAGGUAUUUACUGAGUUAGAGGACAAGUAUGGUGAGAUUGAAGAAAUGAAUGUUUGUGACAACCUUGGGGACCAUUUAGUAGGAAAUGUUUAUGUAAAGUACCGUUAUGAAGAAGAUGCAGAGAAAGGUGUAGCUGAUCUAAACAAUAGAUGGUUUAAUGGCCGACCUAUACACUGUGAACUUUCUCCCGUUACAGAUUUCCGUGAAGCUUGUUGUCGUCAGUAUGAAAUGGGUGAAUGUACAAGAGGAGGUUUCUGUAAUUUCAUGCAUCUGAAGCCCAUCUCCAGAGAACUUAGACGUGAAUUAUACAGUCGACGAAGAAAGCGAGGAGCUCUGACAUCUGCUCGAGGAGGAACACGUUCCCGUUCUCGAUCACCACCAACCAAACGAGGUAGAAGUCGAGAACGAGAGGGUGGAAGACGAAGAUCAAGAUCUAGGGAACGAAGACGAUCACGCUCCGGUGAACGAUCACAUGACCGACCAAGAGACAGAUCACGCGAUCGUCAUGGCCGAUAUUAAUCUAUAUCCGUUGUCAUGGCAAAUAUUAUACGAUAUAUUGAAUUCAAAAUACAUUUUUUCAUGCCAUUGUUAGAAUCUAAAGUUUCUGAUCUAUCAUUUCACUAUCGACCAAUAAACAUUUUCGUAAAGAAAAGGAGGUUCGUUCUGUUAAAAAGGAUGUUUAUUAUGUACAUAUAUACCAGAGAGUGGUUGCUACUGUUUUUAUGAUAUAUUGAGUUAAGAGAUCGAAGAAUAAAAUGUUUUUAUCUCUU